GUUUCCGAGAAAGCAGCCGAAAAUAUGAGCACUGAAUUAGACGAAAUUAUAGAAAAGUAUUCAUAUGAGAUAGGGUUAUUGCACAUGGUUUGGGAAUAUGAAUUUUCCGGCUAUUUUGACUAA